GCUGAUACUAAUAAGACACAUAGCUACAUAGUUUAUCCAAGGUACGGCAGUCUUCCCAGACUGCAUGACACACAACUACGGCCGCGGCCAGUAGGCUAUGCUCUGGAGCCUGAGUGACGGAGUGACGAUAAUUGUCGUUGUCAGCGUCAGCAUGGUGGGGGGAGACCUACCCUGAAGCCUGAGGUAUGGCUGAGUGCAAUAUUUGCCGCCCAAACGUUUGAAGCGACGAUCACAUCCUAUCACUGCGAUCUUCUUCCCUUCAAACAGCUUCCUUCAUUCACAAGGUGCACAAUGGAUGUGGAUGGAGUAGGAGGUUUCAGGAUUCACGAGCCGCAACCCCAGUCGUACUCACCCGAUCAUUCUCACAUUGCACAUAGUUGGGCUGCAAAUGGCCAGAUUACACCUGGAACUAUCACCUACACGACGAGCACUAAUGCAGACGGUCAGGUUACAAAGCAUCCUUUCAGGGCGGUGCCUGUAAGCUAUCAGACCUCCCAAGGAAUUGUACAUGGUCUCCAAUGGGUCCCUACCGAUGCUACACAGAUCUUACUAACAGGCACUCAGCUCCCCAAUACAGGACUUGCGGCAGGAUCCUUUGGUCUCGAUCUUUCGGGUAGGGAAGAUGAUGUGGUAUCUAAGAAGUGCAUCCCUGUCUUCCGUCCGAGGGCGCUCUCCUUAUAGUGCUCGCGCGCCCUCUCCAAUGUCACACUCGCGCUCUGCUUCCCACGUGCCGUCCCCAUACCAAAGUCGUCAGCAGUCGAGAUCACCCUAUCCUUUCCACCGCACUCCUUCACCUGAUGUUCGCACUCACCCACGUGCGCCAUACCAGAGUCGUCAGCAGUCGAGAUCACCCUAUUCUCUCCACCGCACUCCUUCACUUCAUAUUACUCCUCCGCAAAUUGUAUACCCGCAUGGGCAUGCCUUGGAGGAUCAGCCUAUUUUGGAUCUCCAGUUGCAAGUACCCUCCCCAUUUCCAAAUGCACCCACCGGGCCAGAGUUUUAUUCAACUUCACAUAUGCCCAUCAUUACUUUUCACAGAGAAUCAAUGUCGGACUCUUCUCCCCAUCCGUUCGCCCGUCCACCGGAUGCCACUCAAGCUUACACUCCGUUCAGUAUGAUAAAGAUUCAAGGCUUGGAUCAAUUUUUCAACCAGAUUCCAAGCAUGCCAUCGGUGCU